UAUGGUUGUCAGCGCCAGCUGUCAUUGUCCAUGUCACGCGUCACGCACAAGAUGCUUUAUUGUUGUUUAUUGUUUUGAUUUAUACGUACGCAUGUAUAAUGUGUGUAAAUAUACGCGACUGUCUCGUUUGAUCUCGUCGCAAAUAAUUUAUUUUCGAGCUAUCGGAAGCUGUGAGACAACUAGAUUCGGAAUACAAGACAAAUUGAUGAAACGAACAAGAGCAGAUGCGAAAAUUCAGCAGCAAAAUACAAUGGAAGAAAAUAAUGAAGAAACUAUACCAAAGAUCCAAACGACAUCGAUGGUGAUAUUGAAUGAAAGACAAAAACUAAACUUCAAGUCUUUACAAAAUCAAAAUAACAAAAAUGGAUCUGACACAAGCAAUCCUUCCAUUACUGCAUCCUUUAAAAAAUCCAAAAAUAAUCAGAAAGGGUCAAACACGGAAAUUCGCAUCAAGGAAGAAGAAAAGUUGAAACCAAACACGAAUCCUGGCAAAGGAAAACUAAGAGCUGUUGUGGAUUUGGAGAUGAUGAAGAAAGAAUUGAGUCAAUUAGAGGAUCCUCCUAUGACACCCUGGGAAAAGGAGCUAUCUUCUAACCGACUGCAAUACAAAUUCUUUGAUACUCCCUGUGAAGAAUUAGCACAGCAACUCCUAGGGAAAGUACUUGUAAGAUAUCUCGAGAAUGGGACUAUCCUCAAAGGCAGAAUUGUAGAGACUGAGGGAUAUUUAGGCGCGAUCGACAAAGCAUCGCACACUUAUCAAAACAAGGUUACACCUCGUAAUCUACCAAUGUACAUGCCACCAGGAACUAUUUAUGUUUACAUGACAUACGGCAUGUACCACUGCUUCAAUAUCUCUAGUCAAGAAGGGAACGCGCAUGUAUUGAUCAAAGCAGUGGAACCGUUGGUGGGCCUCGAGUACAUGGAAUUGCUAAGAAACAUGCAACACAAGAAUAACGGAAGAGAAAAAGAAAUCGCGAAACAUGUGACGUGCCUAAAGCAAUACGAACUUUGUAAUAAUCCGUCCAAUAUUUGCGACGCGUUUGCGAUCGACCAGGACACUUUCGAUCGGAAACUCGCUUAUGCGUGUAAUAAUCUGUGGCUCGAGUGUCAACCCUUUAUAAGGUCUCCUACUAUAGUAGCUGUGCCGUGCAAAGAUUCUAUGUCAGAUGAUAACUGUGACGGAUGCGCGGUGCUGGUGCGAGCCGUCGAUCCUCUGGAAGGUAUGACAUACAUGGCUGAUCAGCGCAACUCGAAGAUGAGGAAAACCAAUUUAAAGUCGCACGAAUUGUGCAACGGCCCUUCGAAGCUCUGCAUGGCGUAUCAGAUUAACAAGGAGCACAGCAAAUAUUCUCUUUGUACAUGGAAAGAUCUGUGGAUCGAGGAUGACGGUGCAGCGGGGGAUUUCAGGAUCGUCAAAUCCGCCAGAAUCGGAAUCGACAGCUGUGGUUCAGAGUGGGCCAACAAACUUUUACGCUACUAUGUCUACGGCAAUAAAUCUGUCAGUAAGAAAGACAAAAAGGCAGAGAUGGAGAUUUCUUAAUAUUUGGAGACUAUUUUUGAAUUGUUCUGUCUGAAAAAACAUAAAGAAAUCUAGUCUGCACCUCUUUAUGUUUCCACAUAAAAAAGACUGAUAUCGAUACAUCGAUUUUAAUAGCAUUUCCUCUGAAUCUAAAUCGUUGUAAAACAGGAGUUUGAAUAUCUGUAAAUGAGACACUAACAAUAAUUUACAUCAUUGAAAAUUACAAAAUAUAAACUUUUUCGCCAAGACUAUUUAAUUCUUUUUGUUCUUAUUUUUCUUCUUUUAAGUGCUAAAUAAAAAAUUUAUUAAUAUUUAACUAUAAAAGUGAUUUAUAAUUAAAUUCGAUGUACUGACUUUUAUUAUGACCUGUUAAUUAUCUUUAACUUAUAUAUAUUAUAGGAAAGCAUAAAUAUCUUCAAUAAUAAUAUUGAUAAAGAGUUUAUAUAGAAAUUAUGAUAUUGUCAUCAAAAAAUAUUAAUGUAUUAUGAAGCAUGAGUAUUGAUUAAGAUCUCAACAUUGUAUACCAACCAUUUAAAUUUAUUUCUGAUUAUGUAAAUAAAGUUAAUUAUUUGAUUGCGGUAAUCAAGAGAGUUAAUUGAAAUAAUCAAAUUUAUUACAAUGAUCUGUUUAUUACAGCAGUUAAGCAUACUAUUAUAAAAUAAUGAAAUUGAAAUCAUUCAUAGGAUUUCAAUUAUACAGUCAAUUUCCUCCAUAAUAAGAUAAUUGCAAUCGAGUAUUUUCUUUAUUCUAAAAUUUCUUCAGUAUGCAUUCUAAUAUAGUGCAUAUGCAGAAUAAAAAUAUUGCACGGUCCAUUUUUCGCUCCAACAUAAUCACAACGUGAAUGUGAGUAGUGAAAUAGCAGCACAAAAAGAGAUUUCUAGUUUAGAGCAAAAUAUCUGACUUGGAAUAGCGAGAAAUCUAGAUAGAGAAAAUCGACUAUAAUUCUAAUACUUAAAUUAUAAUAAUCGCUAUUCUUGCGAAUAAAAGCUUGUAUCUGGAGCUCAAUAUAUCUUUCAUGAUUUUUCUUGAAUUUACACAUUUUAAGAAAUCGAUUAUGUACAUAAUUAUAUGAAAAAAAAAAAUACAAUUUUGAAAAUUAUACCA